AUGUCCGACAAACGAAGUAGGAAAGGUCAAAAUUCUAACAAGGAAACGGAAAGCGUUGUCAACAUGUUAACCAACCCUCUAAACAACUUACAAGAUCAAAGUAACCAAGAGGCAAACGACGGAACAACAGGAGGGAGUAAAACUCAACAAGGGUCCCAAUCGGAUCAGACACAAGUCAAUGAUCCGGGGACUAAUAUCUCAAAUCCUGGUUCAACAAGCAAUGUACCCCCUGAAGUUCUCACAAAAAUUUACAAUUUCAAAUUCAUAUACUUUAUGAAAUUGAAAGUAACAGAAUUACCGAACAUUCAAUCGAUCAACAAGAAUAACGAAGAUAUUCUGAUGAAUCCUGUUUUGACUGAUAAUUCAAAAUCCGACAAUUCUCCUGAUGUUGAGAAAUCAAAAGGAUCAAAGGACAAUACUGUGAAACCAAUAGAUAAAGUUAGCAUCAAGCAGAACUAUUUGGAAAUUCUGGGUAGCAAACCAAUCGGAAAUAACCAAGUUUCUAUAACUAUAGAUGAUGAAUACGAAUUUGACGGGUCAGUUGAUCUAUCAGACAAAGAUAAGGUGUUUGAUAAAGCAAUGUCUUUAGCUGCAGCAGGAGAUGGUAUCAAAUCAACGAAAUAUUUAAAAAUUUAUAAAGAACUUAAUUCGAUGAAUGUGCAAAUGAAGAAACCAUCAAUCAUCCGUAGCAACUCAACCAUACCUGUUAAUGAAAAUGACAGAUUUUUGAAAAUAGAUAGGCCUAUAAUUAAGAGGACAUCCACAGAAAAUCCAGUAGUAAUUACGGACGAAGCUGAUGAAAACCAUGAAGGAGUAUACGAAUGUGGAAUGUGGGUUUUCCGGGGUAAAACCACAGACAGCACAAACAUGAGCUACACGCCGUAUUUUGACAAGAAUAUUAAAGAAUUGAGAUAUCCCAUCCCCUUAACCAUUUUCAGCAAGGAAUGGCAGAACUCGGCGAUUAGUCAUCACGUAAGGAAGAAAGUGAAGUCGGAUGACAAAUUAGAAUCUUACACCGGCUUACCUUAUCCAGAUGAAUUACUUCAAAGUUAUGGUGAAUGGAGUUUCCACUACAUAGGCUUUGUAGCGGCUUUGAGGGCGGUUGGAAUGAUACAAUUUCCAAUGUGGGCUGAAGCACAUAAAAGAAACGUUGAAAGAAUAGUCUCAAAAUAUGGAUGGAUGACGGCUUUGAAAUACAAUAUAACGAUAAGAUCAAAUGCAUUCAUAAAUAGGGUAGUAGUAGGAGGAAAGGUUGCUCCUCCAGAUAUUCCAGGAUACAAUGCCUUUUUAGUAGAAGAAUGUUUUGAUGAAGCCAGAGUGAGAGGGGAACUUUGCGGUUUAGAAAACCCCUACAGGAAAGGCGGAGAAAGAGAGGGUUGGGAUGCAGCAAACGGCAAACCACCAGAGAAGAAAAUCUUUGAUAAACAAUUUCAAAACAAAGCAAAAUUUAAUCAAGCUUUGACUAAUGCUAGCGGAUCAGGAGAAGCUAAAGCAAAGAAUAAGUUCAAGCCAGGGUAUCAAGGUAAUCCAAAUAAUUUCGAUCCAAACUAUGCUGAGAAAAAGGCAGCGGCGAAUGCUGCAAAAACUGCAGCAAAUAAAAAGUAG